UGGCCAAUUCACAUAAUGCAGUCCAGGGAUUGUAUACAUCACUGGUGAGUACUUGCGUUUCCAAGCAACGCGUCCCUCCUGAAACAGGCUAUGAGGAAAUAAUGGUAGCUAAAGUGAGGGGAUGAGCGGUGGCAAAAUGAAAGUGGUGGGCCGCCUCUCCCGAGCGGCGGAGGCCAAACGACGGGUGACAGACGACCAGGACAUGCUGACCUCCAUGACACAGAUGGUGGCCUGCACCCAGGACAUCCAGCAGAGAUACCACAGCAUCCUGGGGCCACUGUCCCUCUUCUUCCAGUCCAAACCCGAGGGAGAGAAGAGGGCAGACAGGGUCCAGGAGGAGAGGCCAGUGUCCCCGUCGGUGUCAGAGGGCGUGAAGACCAACCCCACCUCCCUGGCCGACAUGUGUCAGCAGCUGCAGUACAGGAUCCAGGAGCAUUCCGUGCUCCACUCCACCCCUGUGGAGGAUCAGCAAGCUCUGGUGGCGGUGAUGACAUCAGAGCUGGGCCUGAUCUGGCAGGACCUGAAGGGGCUGAUGGACGAGCCCACGCUGAACCAGGAGGAGAACAUGCAGCUGCAGGCGGAGACGUGCCAGGAGGUGCUCCGCAUCUGCCAGGAGCUCUACCUCAACUAUCUCCACCUGCUGGACAGGCUGAGGCGCCGCGCCGUCUUCAGUGACCAGGCCAACCGCAGCCGCCUGGGGGCCCAGAUGUCCAUAGACUGCACCAGCCUUUUAAACGUCCACUCGAUCAGACGCAGCGUAGCGGCAGGGAUCAAGGCUACGCGGAGAGCCCGGCUGAGCGCUGAGAGACCCAGAGCUGCCGGACGCGACCUGAAGGGGGCGAUGGAGACACACACAGCGCUGCCAUGCAAACUGGACUUUGGUCUGACUCUGCAGACCAAGGCUGGCUGCAAGAAGAGUGGUGCCAUCAGGCAGGGCAAAAACCCUAUGGAGAGGGACCUCCGAGAGAUGACUGAGAAGAUGGGGGACAUGGACCUGGAGCAGGUCUAUGACCUGAUGCCCUGCCACCUGGAGCUGAUCACCAACAAAGAUGCAGCGCGGGCCAGCUUGGCCAAUGUUUCACAGUCAGAUGAGGAACCCAGCAUGUAUUACCAUGGCUACACCAGACUAAAGGGGUGUAGUUCCAUGCCAGACCUGCAGAGGGAGACUCUCCUGGAGGAGCUGGAGAUGGAGGCCCUGCCUGCCAGACCCAAGUCCCCCCUGGUGCUGCUGGCCACUGGGCCCUGCUCCAGCAUCGAGAAGCCCAUUGACCCUGCCCACGACCUCAGGAGGUUGCUACAGGACAGAGUGAUUGUGGAUCAGGCUGUGACAGACUCUGACACAGACCUCCCUCCUCUGAUCAAGGCCCUGGCGUGGAGAAGUUCCACCAAACUACAACAGCUCACACACACUCUGCAGAAACAGGAAGAGGAGGGGGAGAAGAGGGAGAGGUACAGGGUGCCAGUGGAGGAACCGGAGCACCCCCAGGGAGCUGUGGAGAACGUAGCCCUGUCCCACGGCUCUCUAGCCCGCACAGCCGCCGCCCGCGUCUCAGACAGGGUUCUCCGCGACACCAUCAACAUCCACACGUACCCACCCGUCUACAACAACCUCACCAAAGAGCUUGACCUCUCCUCAGUGCAAUGGCUGGAUCGUAACCUGUUUGCCGGGGAAGAAAUAAAGGAAGUCUAUAAGGAGUUAUCCAAAAGUAAAUCUACACAGUAUCUCAACUUCGAUGAGGACCCCAUGAUAGAGCCAGCCCUGACCAACAUCAGAUGGAGUCUGAAGAAGAAGAACCACCAGAGGUUCAUCAACCCACAGCUGAAGAGACAGAACACCAACGCCAUGUCCCACAGGAAAAGGACCGAGAUCCCAGCGGACCAUAAGAAACCGGAAGACCAGAAUUCCCGGGCCUACACGGCCUGGCUGCAGUGGUGGAAGACAGACCUCUCAGUCGAGGACUACCUCCGAUACAUCACCAAUCAGGACUCUGACUACCUGUGGGCGGCGUUCCACUUGUACGAUAGUGGCGAUAGUGACGAUGAGGAGGACGAGAGGAGGAGACUGCUCCAGCUACGACGAGACGAGAGGAAGAAGAGGCGGAGGCAGAAGAUGGAGGCUCUAAAGGGUCAGAAGCAGGAGUACGUGACAGGGGUGUGGAACGUCAACACGGUGCUGCUGGGAGGGCUGUGGAAGGAACCCCAUCUGGAGGAGGAGGAAGAGAGCCCAGAUGAA